AUGGACAAGAUCAAGGCGACGCUCUUCAAAGAGCGCCAGGUCGACCUCUCGCACGAGGAGAAGAAUGUGCUGAACUCUUCUGAAGACGAUACCCCCGUGGCGCUUGUGGUGUCCAAGUCCCAGGAGUACGAUCCCAUCGACCAUGCUAUUGCUGCUGAAAUUUCCAAGGACGGCUAUGCUGCCAUCACGGUUGAGGACGACUCGCCGUACCCAGAAGUGAGAGCCUCGGUGCCCUCGACUGACGACCCGCUGAUUCCCCAGAGCACCAUUCGUAUGUGGGUGUUGGGGUUCAUCUUGACCACGUUGGGGUGUGGGAUGAACUUACUCUUCUCCUUCCACGCUCCUGCCUUCUCCAUCACCACCUACGUCACCUCCAUCUUGGCCUACCCGCUUGGGCGUGGCUGGCAGUACAUCAUGCCCGAUAUCAAGAUUUUUGGAAUGCCGUUGAACCCCGGGCCCUUCAACUUGAAGGAGCACACCAUCAUCACCAUCAUGGGCUCGGUUUCCUUUGGCGGUGGUGCUGCUUACGCUACCGACAUUCUUUUGGCGCAGAACAAGUUCUACAAUUCUGAUUACGGCGUCGGUUUUGCCAUCUGUGCCAUUCUCUCCACCCAGAUCAUCGGCUUCUCGCUUGCUGGCAUGGCCAGAAAAAUCCUCGUGGAGGCGCCAUCGGCAGUGUGGCCCGCCAACUUGGUUACCGCUACCUUCUUGACAAACAUGCACGUUAACGAGAACCAUGUGGCCAACGGCUGGAGGAUCUCCAGAUACGCUUUUUUCGCCAUUGUGUUCUGCUCCUCCUUUGUGUGGUACUUCUUCCCCGGCUACAUGUUCCAGGCCUUGUCGUACUUUGCCUGGCCUACGUGGAUUGCUCCCGAUAACGCUGUGGUCAAUCAGGUUUUUGGUGCUUCCUCAGGCAUGGGGUUGAUGCCCAUCACUUUUGACUGGAACCAGAUCGCCGGCUACGUCGGCUCCCCCUUGAUUCCUCCUGCCUCCGUCAUUCUCACCAUUGCCCUUUCCAUCGUCAUCAUUUACUGGGUCUGUGUGUCUGCCAUCUACUACACAAACACCUGGUGGUCCCAGUACCUCCCCUUGUCGCUGUCGACCAACUUCGACAGAUACGGCGAAUCCUACAAUGUGCUGAGAAUCAUGAACACCGAGAACUUGACUUUCAACGAAAAGGCCUACAAGGAGUACUCGCCGUUGUUCAUGUCCACCACCUUCGCCAUCUCCUACGGUGUGUCUUUCGCCUCCAUCAUUGCCACCGUGGUCCACACAGCUCUUUUCCACGGCCACGAUAUCUGGAACCAGAUCAGACAGAAGGACAGACCCGAUGUUCACCAGAGAUUGAUGAAAAACUACAAAAACAUCCCUGAGUGGUGGUUCUUGAUUGUUUUCCUCUGUGCGUUCGCCCUUUCCAUCGUCACCAUCAGAGUGUGGAACACCGAGAUGCCCGUGUGGGCCCUUAUUGUGGCUCUUCUCAUUGCUGUUUUCUUCUUGUUGCCUGUUGGUAUCAUCUACUCCAUCACCAACAUUGCCGUUGGCUUAAACGUGGUCACCGAGUUCAUCAUCGGCUACAUGGUCCCUGGUAAGCCAUUGGCCAUGAUGUUUUUCAAGACUUACGGUUACAUCACCAACAACCAGGCGGUCACUUUUGCUCAGGACAUGAAGCUCGGCCACUACAUGAAGAUCAAGCCCCGUCUUUUGUUCUGGGCACAGAUGCUUGCCACCAUUUGGGGCUCUCUUGUCCAGAUUGGUGUUUUGAGAUGGGCCUACGGCAGCAUCGAUAACUUGUGUGACCCUCAGCAGAAGAAUCACUACACUUGUCCUAACGGUAGAGUGUUCUUCCAGGCCUCGUUGUUGUUCUUCUUCUUGCUUGGAUUUUUGCCAGUGGUCAACUGGCUCAUCUGCAAGAGAUGGCCCAACUCGCCCGUUAGAUGGCUCAACUGGCCCGUGUUCUUCUCGGGUACAGGUAUGAUUCCUCCAGCCACUCCAUACAACUACGUCAACUACUGUGCCGUUGGUAUCAUCUUUGGUGUUUUCAUCAAGAAGAGAUUCACCCACUGGUACUUCAAGUACAACUACUCUCUUUCCGCUGGUUUGGACAUUGGGUUGGCGUGGGCAUCCUUGAUCAUUUUCUUGUGCUUGAACUUGACAAACGCCUCGUUCCCUGAUUGGUGGGGAAACAACGUCAUCAACACUGCUGACACCAACGGUACGGCUGUGAGCAAGAUUCUUAAACCAGGAGAGGCUAUUGGCCCAGACACCUGGUGA